GUCACCUGUAAAGAUUGCUUUUAAUCUACUCGCAAUGGGUCGUUUCGGCGGCUUUCACUGACAGCUGUGAGUUCCCAGCCUCUGUGGCCCCCCACCCGCCUGUCCGCUGCCUCCUAAAAGGCUUCAGCAUGCUGCGAGAGACCUCCAAGGCAUGGAGCAAUGGCUCGGAGGCCUACAGUAGUGAUCCCGAAGAGGAAGAGGAGGAGGAGGAGGAAGAGGACAUGGUGUUUGGGGAGACUGAUCCGGACGGCAUGGCAGAGGAGAUGAUGGAUCUGAGCGACCUCCCCACGGCCCUCUUUGCAUGCAGCGUCCAUGAAGCCGUGUUCGAAGAGGACGUACACAGGGAGAGGUUCGAGGCGUUGUUUAGGAUCUACGAUGAACAGACAACUUUCCAGAUGUUCAAAAGCUUCCGGAGAGUCCGGAUCAACUUCAGCACCCCAGAGGCCGCUGCCCGUGCUCGCAUCGAGCUGCACGAGUCAGAGUUCAACGGCAAGAAGCUCAAACUCUACUUUGCCCAAGUCCAGAAUGGAGACGAGGACAUCGACAAGUCGUACCUGGCGCCUCCCCAGCCCGUCAAACAGUUUCUGAUCUCACCGCCUGCCUCGCCACCCGUGGGCUGGAGCCAGAGCGAAGACGCCACACCCGUCAUCAACUACGACCUGCUUUGUGCUGUAGCCAAGCUGGGACCUGGUGAAAAGUACGAGCUCCACGCGGGGACGGAGUCCACCCCCAGCGUGGUCGUCCACGUGUGCGAGAGCGAGACGGAGGAGGACGAGGCGGCGCGGCCAAAGCAGCAGAUCGUCCAGACCAGACGUCCCGACGGACCCCCCAAAGUCUUCAACUAGAGACGCCUCCCCCCCGACACCGGUGCGGCCCCCGACCGCCCCUUAAACCCGCAACACACCUGCCCUCUCUCUCUCGUCUCUGCACUCACAGAGAGCGUCGAUGCCCCUCAUUUCAGUUCAACUACAAGCAAAAACAAACCAACAAACAUUGCUCAAAGACGGUGUUUGUGGGGAGCGUGGCGAUGGAAUGAGGCGGCUUGAAGGGGAUGGAUGAGAAUCACACACACACUCAUCACAUUCUGCGGACAGCGUGGGGAGCGGCGGGCAUGCUUUGCCUCCACCCCACCAACCCCCCUCGUUUUCAGCAAGAGGGGUCGAAAUACCUGUCCCAACGCAGGCACCUGUCACUUAUCACACACACACACUCAGCUCUCAUUGCUAGUCCUGCUCAGUGGCUUGAUAGUUAGCUUCUUAGCUUGUACCUCUCCCUUUGUCUCACGGUCACGUGUACAAUAAUCUUCAGUUGAGGUAAAUGCAUUACCUCUAAUCAAAGACAUUUUUUCUUCUUCUUUUUUUUUACAAUAAAUUAUGUUUUCAGGUUAUAUAUAUACAUAUACACAUAUAUGUAUGUAUAUGAUUGUUUUUCUUUUUCAUCCAUUUUCAUAUCUGCUGGUUUGUCGCUUCAGCUUGCAUCAAGAUUGAGUGUGUGAUGUUCCCACUCUUGUCUGCAUGUAUAUACCGAAUUAAAAAAAAAUACGUACAGAAACACAAAUACUAACAAGAUAUAUCAAGAAAAAGGAACCUAUUUAACAUCACACACAGCACGAAGCGCCAUAUGUGACUAACAAAGUUGUGGUGGUUGUUUGACUCUCUUUCUUUUUCUGCUCGUUUUCGCUUUUUGUCUUUCGUUUUUUGUUUUUUUUUUGGAGAGGUGUUGUUUUUUGCUAAACUACUAGAUGUGUAUUCUUACUACGUAUUUGAUACCCCGAGACUUUGCAUGCUUAGUUACUUCUGUAGAUGAGGAGCUGAGGUGUUUUUUAUUUUAAUGUCGUUUGUGAUGACAGGGAAAUAGUGUGACGCUUUUGACGCAAGUGCAUAUCCCCGUGCAGAGUUUAAAGUGACGUCUUCGGGGGGGUGGUUUUCUCGUGAGAUUGACAGUUCAGUCUUCAACUCAUUGGGACAUUUCCAUUUGUCGCUUUUGUUGGGAUUUGACAGAUCAGAGACAGUUCAUCCCCCUCAUUUUCUUCAAGGGGUUCGGGAUGUUGAUUUUAUUUUUCCGACUCUCUUUGUUGUAAUUGACAUGUUUAAUGUCUUGGUUAUGUCGUUUGAUCAAACCCACUUUCUAUGUGUCAGGUUUUCUUCUGAAACCUGCUACUGCUUGUUUUGCACUGAGUAUCUUCUUGAUAUCUCCAAGCAAUUGCGGGGCUCUCGACCGUCUCCUGCUGCGCACCUGAAUACUGCGCUGCUUCUCGCUGUAAAUAGCUGAGCAGUAGAUUUGUGGAAAUAGUCCUUUUAGAUUUUGUAGUUACCUGAAAGCAUUUUGCUGAGAAAAGGGAAAAUUAGGAAGCCUCAUGAGAUAUCAACCAAAGCAUUCGCUCACCUCAUAUUGUCAUGACAAAACAGAUUUUCUUACUCAGAGACACUGAUGUAUAUUGUUAAAGUGAGCAGAAAGAAAUCAUAUUUUCCCAACACAAAUGCAGUAGUUUUAACGCAUUAUUUUUGUUUCUUAUGUCAUAAUAGCACACAUACUUUUUUGCAGUAUAUAGUUCAGUGGAAACUUGAACAAAUCUCCACAAAAAAUCAUAAACUGGCUUUUUUUUGGGGGGGGGGGUUAAUUGUCCCCACAUUCCCAUUCAUAUCAGUGUUUCAUCUACUUAUUUAAUGAAACAUGUCAGUGCUUUUGAAGCAACAUGAACAAAUGUUCCUAACAGGGCUUUUGGGUGUCAGCGGUGAGUCUAAACCUUCUUUGUCAUAAGGCAGCAUGAAAUCUAAAAAGACUUUUUUGCUAUAUAACAAUAUUAGUAAGCAAAAGACAAGUCCGUCUGCAUGUGAGCACUUUAUUGUCAGUGUUUUGUUUGUUUCCUUCACAUAAAAUAGUCUUUCUUGAGACAAAGUAGGAAGCACAUUGCAUUUGUUCUCUGUUUCUUUCUUGUGUUUUUUGUUUUCUUUUAUCUCAAGCUGAACACCUGGUUAGCCUUUUCACCAGCAUAUUGCAGUGAGUGAAACACUCCACUUCCUUUUUUCGCUAGUGUGAAUUUUGGAUGAGUUUCAGGCCUUUUGGAUCUACGGGAGUAUGCUUCUGUAAAGAUGUAGGCAGCGCAGCACAGUUAUAGGUUUUAAACGAGGCAGGAUGACACUGCAAAACAAAAUCAAUGUCUUUGUUUUCGUGUUUGUCCACAAGAAACAUUCAUCUUAUCUUCUGAGAAAGCUAAACAGUUCUUUGAAAUGCGCCGUGUUGGCAGAGUGCAGUUUUCCUGGCGCUACAGUAAAGCUGUCACAGCAGAUUGGUGGAACUACUGAGGUGGAUUAUGAUAAAAGAGGAAGCAGCGGGCAGCAGGAGGAAGACACUCGUGAAGAUUUUUUUACUCUCUUCGGUCAUGGUGUUUAAAACUGGGUUGAAAUGAAAAUGUAUAUUCAUGUACAUAUGCCAAGUGUUUUUUUUUGUUUGUUUGUUUUUGUUUUUGUUGCUGAGGCCAGUCCCAGUGUGCGGUUUGUUAUGGCUUCUUUUGGCAAUGUUGUAAUGAAAAAAAAAAAAAAAAGCAAAUACAAAAAUGUGAAACAG